UAGAACAGAGCCCUGGGGGACACCAGUGGUGAGAGCACGUGGUGAGGAGACCGAUUCUCGCCACGCCACCUGGUAGGAGCGACCUGUCAGGUAGGACGCAAUCCAAGCGUGGGCCGCGCCGGAGAUGCCCAACUCGGAGAGGGUGGAGAGGAGGAUCUGAUGGUUCACAGUGUCGAAGGCAGCCGAUAGGUCUAGAAGGAUGAGAGCAGAGGAGAGAGAGUUAGCUUUAGCAGUGCGGAGCGCCUCCGUGAUACAGAGAAGAGCAGUCUCAGUUGAAUGACUAGUCUUGAAACCUGACUGAUUUGGAUCAAGAAGGUCAUUCUGAGAGAGAUAGCGGGAGAGCUGGCCAAGGACGGCACGUUCAAGAGUUUUGGAGAGAAAAGAAAGAAGGGAUACUGGUCUGUAGUUGUUGACAUCGGAGGGAUCGAGUGUAGGUUUUUUCAGAAGGGGUGCAACUCUCGCUCUCUUGAAGACGGAAGGGACGUAGCCAGCGGUCAGGGAUGAGUUGAUGAGCGAGGUGAGGUAAGGGAGAAGGUCUCCGGAAAUGGUCUGGAGAAGAGAGGAGGGGAUAGGGUCAAGCGGGCAGGUUGUUGGGCGGCCGGCCGUCACAAGACGCGAGAUUUCAUCUGGAGAGAGAGGGGAGAAAGAGGUCAGAGCACAGGGUAGGGCAGUGUGAGCAGAACCAGCGGUGUCGUUUGACUUAGCAAACGAGGAUCGGAUGUCGUCGACCUUCUUUUCAAAAUGGUUUGGUCUCUUUUGGUGACUUUCUCUUGACCCACCAUACUUUCCAACAGCCUGACUACACUUCAUAUGAUCCUGUAAGCAGACCCAGUGUUUAUUAAAACAGAAUCCCCUUGACCUAGUAGCUAUGAAUAGAAUCCUUGUUUACGUCUGAAGCCUAGCCUGUGAACGUGUGUGAGAUCAAAAUCAGAGAGAGUGUAGGAGUCUGAGACAGAGAGAGAGAGAGAGAGAAAAGGAGACAGAGAGAGAGAGAGAAAGAGAGAGAGAGAAAAGGAGACAGAGAGAGAAAUAGACAGAGAGAAAAGAGAAAGAGAGAGAGAGAGAGAGAGAGAGAGAGAGACAGAGACAGAGAGAGAGAAAAAGAGAGAGAGAGAGAGAUAGUGAGAGAAAGAGAGUGAGUGACAGAGAAUGAUAGAGAGAGGAGACAGAGUGAGAGAGAGAGCAAAAUAGAGAGACAGAGUGAGAGAGAACGAGAGAGAGAAAAAGAGAGGCAGAAAAGGUGAGAGAGAGAAAGAGAUACAAAGAGAAAGAGACAGAGAGAGAGGAAAAAUGAGAGAGAGGUGCACAUAAAGUGUCUGAGUGGAUAAAGAAAGAGAUAGUGUGGUUGAGAGAGAAGGGGAGAACGUUUAGAUCUGGGCUAUGUGUAUAGCAGUAGAUAGUUAGCAUAACAUAUACAUAGCCUACAUAAUCUGUGAGACAGAGGUUGUCUAAAGAGCAGUUGGAUCAAUCUCUAACUGAGUCCUAAAGUUUGAGCCAUAAACAGCCAUGGAGUUUACCAGACGUUACCUGCCCAUGGAAUGGGAGGAACGGUGGAGGAAAGAGAAGGAAAGGAGGAGAAGAGUGAUUGAGGAAGGAGGAGAAGAGGUAGAAGCGGACGAUCGAAAGCUGAGGUGGAUUGUGGCCUACAACAACAACCGGAUGGGCGUGACGAGGAGAAAGGAGAAAGAGGGAGCAAGGGUCAAGAAGAGGAACGACAGCACGGCAAGCCAGGGAGAAGAGGAAGAAGAAGAGGAAGUGUCAGAGGAGAGGAGGGAAGGACUGGGAGAUGAAGAGAAGGUUCGUACAUUCUACAGACAUACCUAUCCUAAAGAGGUAUUCCAGGGUCUGGAGCAGCUCAGGGACUCCUCUCUCCUUACUGACCUGACUCUGAGCACUGAGGCUGGGCAGCAUCUUUAUGCACACUCCCCUGUCCUGGCUGCUGUGAGCACCCUUGUCCACCAGAGACUGCAAGAGAGGGAUGAAGAGAUGGAGAAGAGGAGGGGGAGGAGAGAUGUUGACAUGGACAUAAAGACAGAGAUAUUCAUCAGUCUGGGUCCUGAGGUGGGGCUUGUGGGGCUGGCAGGGGUAGUGGAGUUUGCCUACACUGGGGGCUUAGCAGCUCUGAACAGACACACACUGGCCCAGAUACAGACUGCAGCUACAACACUAGGGGUCCCCAGAGUUCUACAACUCUGCAGUGAAGAGGAGGAGAAGAUGAAGAAGGGAGUAGAGACGAGGGCAGAAGAGAAGAAUAUCUCUACUGAAGAACAGAUGAAGGUCAGUCUUCAGUCCAUCAGAGAGCUGUGGGCAGAGAGAGUGGGCUGUGAUGUGGAGCUGGAGGUUGGAGGAACAUCAUUCCAUGUCCACAGAGUGCUCCUGGCUGCCAGUAGUGACUACUUCCGGGGAAUGUUUACCAGCGGGAUGAGGGAAUCACAGCAGCCCUGUGUGGCCCUUCCCUUCCUGGAGGCAUCUGAGCUUGAGGCUCUGAUUGGCUGUUCCUAUAGCGGGUCCCUCUCCCUCAGCUGGGGGUGUGUCUUUGAGAUCACCUGCACUGCCCUGCAGCUCCAGUUCCAGCCCACCCUCUUGCUGUGCCUUGAUUUCCUGGAACGGGAAAUGGAUGCCCACUCAUGUCUGGAUGUGGCCUCCUUUGCCCUGGCUUAUGAGAUGCCGGGACUCCUCGAGGAGGCCGAGGACUUUGUUCUGAGGAACUUCCAAGAAGUGUCUACCAGCCUGAAAUUCCUGGACCUUCCGGCUGAUAAACUGCUGGAUUUUCUCCACUCUGAUGGCCUCUGUGCGCCCUCAGAGCUGGCCGUGUUCAGGGCUGUGGUGGUCUGGGUAGAGGCCAACCCGGCAGAGAGGCUAGCCCAGGCCCAGGAGCUGAUGACAGGAGUCCGCUUCCAGCUCAUGACCUUUAAGGAGUUCAGAGAGGUCAGGGCAAUCAACCUGCGCAUGGAAUGCAGCAGCGACACAGAGGUGGAUCUGUACGGCUCGGCCCUCAAAGAGUUUGGCUUCAGUCUUCCUGAGACCCUGGACCAGUGCCGGAUCCGACGGCCCAAAGACGCCCUGGUUCUGGUCGGAGGCGACCAGCUGGAUCCUGACUUGGGUAAACGGCUUCCCAGCAGGCAGCUGUGGUUUGCUAACUCCCUCCGCACCGGAACAGGCCUGGUGAAGGCCAUGGACUGGAGGAUUCUGGGAGAGAUACCAGAGAAGCCCAGGUUUAGACACGGGGUGGGGGUGAUGGAGGGGCGGCUGUACGUUAUCGGAGGGUGUGAGUUCUACACAAAGACUGAUACGCUGAAAUCAGUAUACAGGUAUGACCCCAUGCAGGACAGCUGGCAGAGGUUGGCUGACAUGCAGGAGUACAGGAGUAACUUCUCGGUGGUGGUGUGGGGUGAUCGUCUCUACGCCAUCGGAGGAGACAUGGACAUGAAUACCAACCUGGACAGUGUGGAGGACUACAGCCCCGUAUCUGACACCUGGAGCUUUGCCAAGCCUCUGGACCAGGCCCUGAGUGGCCACGCUGCCACAUUGUUGGAUGGAGAGAUCUUCAUCUCAGGGGGGUUCGACUGCAGGUACCAGUGUCUGACGUCCAUGUUCCUGUACCACCCUGAGAGAGGAACUACCUACCUGGCAGAGAUGAGCCAGGAUCGGGCCCAGCACUGUAUGGAGGUCCUGCAUCAUGGCGGUGGUGGUCUCUGCGUGGUUGGAGGGGUGUGUAACCUACGUACGUUCUACACCGACCAGCUGGCCUGUGAGGUCUACGACCCUGUUAGUGACUCCUGGAGCGCCCUCACGCCCCUGACCAUCCCCCAUGUUGGAGCAGCCUCUGUGGUUCUGGAGGGGAAGAUCUAUGUGCUGGGAGGAUACUGCCAAGAGGACUACAGGGAGACCAGACUGGUUCACCGAUAUGAACCCAUUACCCAACGUUGGGAGAAUAUAGGCAAGAUGCCCGGACCUAACACUGACAUAAGAGCCUGUUUGCUCCACCUGCCCAAACACUUGAGACAAUGACAAAGGGAACUUUCGAGGGUGAUAAAGUUCCACAUUACAUUGAAGUUGUUUUUUAUGAACUGAAAAACACUUAGAAAGAGGCAGGACUACUUUAAUGCUCCACCUGCUUGCCCACUAGAGAAAAUAAAACAAUGAGAGAGGGAGGGUCACAUGGUGAGAAAGAGGGCUGGGUUUGCCAUAUAUAAAAUAAAAUAAAUCUGACUAAAACACAGAGAAAGAGCUAUGCUGGCAUUUGUGAAUCUACAGGUGCGAAAAAAAAAACAUAUUGUAUGCCAGAAAUCAUAGCCUAAUUCUUUAUGUCAUUGAUAUAUUGUUUUCAUUGAAAAACAGCCAAUUCCAUUCGUAUUUGGAAUAACCCUACCUUACCUCGGGUGUUUAAUGACAGCACAUUAAAGUCCUGGUUCCAAAGUGCCAUCAUGAAUUUUUAACAUUCUAUGAUGGAUAUCUACUGUCAUUCAGUCAAUUACAAGAAAUAUUUGGAUUCAAAAAUGUUCAUACCUGCUCCUACAACCUAAGACAUAAAUUACUGCCAUUUAUGAUCAUUCAUAGGACGUGUUACACUCCUGCCAUAACACAUACAGUAUAAUACACCCAGAAAUGUCACAUCUCUGUUGGAGAUGCAUAGAAGAAUACUAUUACAUAUGCUGUGGUCCUGUGACAAACGGACACCAUUUUGGGGUCAUGUACUGUAUGUCCUAUUUCCUUGUCACUGUGAAUGUUUUUCCCUCCGUCUCCACGGUUCUGUCUGUUGGGAUAUGUCAAUAUUUGGGAUUCAUCUCAGAGAAAGCUUUGUUGUCAAGGUAUGUAUAGCCAUCAAUUGAAAAGCCUCAUAUUCACAAUUAAUAGCAAACUGGAGGACUGAACUAUCUAGCUACAUACUGUACCAUUGGAUUUUAUAUAUUAUAAAAUUAAAUAAAAAAACGGAAGUGUU